AUGUCCGGGACGGCAAGCCCCGGCCUCGCCCUGGUCACGCUGGAUCCGCGCUCCGGCGUGCUGCUCAACCUGCAGGAGCUCGACGGCUUCGGCACCCAGAUGCUCGUCCGCAUGGCCUUGGUUGACCGCUUCCCCACCGCCAUCCUCUCCAGCUCCCUCGUCCCCGCCCAUGUCUUCUGA